AUGAUAUGUGUGAGAUUAUCUACUGUUCUGCCUUUUCUUACUCAUCAGAAUCAGGGUACUUUUAUUAAGCAAAGAUCGUUGGCCCAUAAUAUCUUCAUACUUCAAGAUCUUCUCAAAGGUUAUUCUAGGAAGAAUAUCUCAAAGAGAUGUUUGGUUAAGAUAGAUCUAAGCAAAGCUUAUGAUUCUGUUGACUGGUAUUUCUUGGAGGAUUUACUGAAUGCCUAUUAUUUUCCUAGUCGGUUCAUAAGGUGGAUCAUGACUUCAUGGAGCGUUAAGUGGGAUGAAAGGAUUGAGACAAGGAGACCCUAUAUCUCCUCUACUUUUUGUAUUGAUCAUGGAGUAUCUAACUCGUUUACUGAUUCUAGCUGCCCAGCACAAGGAAUUCAGAUUUCAUCCUCUCUGUUCAGUCAGAUUUCUGGUCUUGCUGUGAACUUAUCUAAGUCUCACAUAUAUUUUGGUGGAAUUCACUUGGAUGAAAGGAAAAGAAUCUUAGACAGCUUGAAGAUUGAAGAGGGAUUCUUCCCUUUAAAAUAUUUGGGAUUAUGUCUUAGACCAACUAAAUGGAAGGCUGAGGAUUAUGGUUUAAUACUUAAAAAAGUCCAAAAUCGAUUGCAUUCUUGGUCUAGUAGACACCUUUCUUUUGCAGGGAGAUCUCAACUCAUACAUUCUGUUUUGUUGGGUAUUAGGACUUAUUGGAUGAGUAUAUUUUUGCUCCCUCAAAGAGUUAUUCAAGAGAUUGAUAGAUUAUGCAGGAAUUUUCUUUGGGGUGUAAAAGGCUGUUGUAGCAGAGUGCAUUUAUCAUCUUGGGAUCAGGAUUCUCUUUGGCUCAAAUGGGUAGCCAAUAUUUAUCUCAAAGGGCAAAGUUUCUGGUCUUAUAAUCUUCAAACUGAUGUUAGCUGGUACUGGAGGAAACUUAUUAAGCUGAGAGAUCAUUUCUCUCAUGAUGUAUUAAAGGCUUCAAUUUCCAAAGAUAAGUUGAAUCUUACAAGUCUUUAUAUGCAACUGGUUCACAAAGAGAAGGUUCAUUAUGAUAAGGUGGUUUGGUGCAAGCUAUCUUUACCGAAGCACAGAUUUAUACUUUGGCAAGCGAUUUUAGGUCACCUUCUUACUCGAGACAACUUGAUUAAAUGCCAUAUUCCUCUUGAGUCUUGCCUUUGUCCUGUUUGUGAAUUAGACAGGAAAUCACAUGAUCAUUUGUUUUUUAGGUGUCCUUUUUCUCAGCAGGUGCUCAAUCAAGUUCAGUCCUGGUUGGGGCAACUGAUAUGGCCUCCUAAUUACUCAGACUGGCAGAAGUGGAUGGAUGGGAGACCUAGGGGGUUACUACAAAAGAUUAGUGUUGUUCUUGCUGCUUCAGUAUACUACAUCUGGUCUAAUAGGAACUGGUGUAUAUUUGAGUCUUAUUCUUGUACUGUUUCGAAACUGAAUUCUUUGAUUCUCUUGGGGCUGAAAGCCAAAUUACUUGAUAUUAGGAGUUCUAAACUUAAGGCCGGUGAGAAGAGUAUGGUUGAUUUUAUUCAAUUGUUGUAA